AUGAAUAUACCUCUUACCACUCCCGAAGUACCGCCACAAUUCCUCAAGUUGGCGUUUCUCGUCGGACACAUCCCCCAGCGCACUCUGGCAGCUGAACCGCGCGUGUCCUACACUCUGUACAUCCCUCCCACACAUUACAAUCCAGACCCCAACCGCGUCUCUAAAUCCAGCCCUUACGACAAAGCCAAACUUCCCUUGCUGGUUAAUAUCCACGGUACGAGCCGCAAAACCUCUAUCCGACCUGAGCAGGCCUUCUUUGCGGAAUCGACACCCUGUGCCAUCCUCGCCCCGCUUUUCCCCGCGAACAUCGAUGGACCGAAUGAUCUCGACUCAUACAAGGUGCUGCGUUCAGCGACAUUGCGCUCCGAUCUUGCGCUUCUGGCGAUUCUAGAUGAAGUGGCUACAGUAUGGCCUGGAAUUGACACAGAAAAGGUCUUCUUAGCGGGGUUUUCUGGUGGAGGGCAAUUUGCGCAUCGGUUUUUCUACGUGCACCCGGAGCGACUAGCGGCUGUGAGCGUCGGUGCCCCGGGCAAGGUCACUAUGCUUGACGAGCAACUGGCAUGGCCAAGUGGGAUUGCUAAUUUUCAGGAGGUGUUCGGUAAAGGUUUAGAAAAGGAUAUUAUGAGAAACGUGCAGGUUCAGCUAGUCAUUGGAAGUCAAGACGUGAAGGUCCAUGGGGGAAAGGAGUUCUGGGAGUGGGCGAAGAAAGUAAUGGCCCAACGAAUGGCUGCGGAAAAGGCAUCCGAGAAGGACGGUGGCAAAGAGAAGAUGGGAAAGCGGGAGGUAGUGAUGAUGGACCAGGGACGAUCGCAGUCGCUACAGCAUUUGCAGAGCAGUUGGCAGGCAGACGGUAUUGAGGCUCAGCUGGACGUGGUGGAUGGAGUGGCACAUAGCUCGGUGGGAGUGCAGGAAUGUGUACUAAGCUAUCUGCAGCCACUGAUACAAAAGCGCGGCUGA